AUGGCUGCCUUAAGUUCGAAAGAUUUUGCUGUCAUAAAACAUCUUUUGGAACAUGAUAAUCAUAAAAAUCGUAAAGCGAUGCUUGAUUUUGUGGCUAAAGAUCCAAUUUAUAUUCCACGUUAUAAUGUUUCUCUCGAAUUUGAACGAGAAAUUGCUUUGCAAAGAUUAAAAAAGUUGGCUGAUCAAGGGUUUAUUUCUGUUUAUGAUUUUGAAAAAAAUCCUUUGAAUAUUUUUGCAGUUCAUGAAAUCGCCGGUAUGGUCGAUGGUUCUAUGGCUACUAAGCUUGGAACAGAACGUCAUCGCCAUCUACUUCCUGGAAUUGACAGUUUGCAAAAUAUUGGAUGUUUUGCUCUUACAGAAUUGGGAUAUGGAAACAAUGCAGUAGAGAUGGAGACUACAGCCAUAUAUGAUGAACAGACGCGAGAAUUUAUUAUUAAUACUCCUUCAACAUUAGCCCAAAAGUAUUGGAUUACAAAUGUACGAGUACCAGUCCAAAAUUUACUUAAUCGUUAUUCUGAUAUUGAUGAAAACCAUAAUUUUACAAGUACAAUUGACGGAGCUCGAGCUCGAUUUUUAAAAGUUGCCAAUCAAUUACUUUCUGGAAGAAUAGCUAUAGCCUGUAUGAAUUUGGGUGGAUCUAAAGCUUGUUUGUCUAUUGCUUUCCGAUAUGCUAACUCUAGGUUGGCAGUUGGUCCUACUGGAAAGAGUGACACGCCAAUUUUAUCAUAUCAACUUCAACAACGUGCCUUAAUACCACUCCUGGCCACUACCAUUGCUUUGAAUAUUGGACUUAAUUAUUGCAAAGUUCGAUGGGCCGAAUCGACCGGAAAGGAUCAUAAUGAAGUCGUUAGACUUUGUUGUGUGAUAAAGCCUUUAGUUACUUGGAAUUAUGAACGUGUUGCUUCUAUUUGUAGAGAAAGAUGUGGUGGACAAGGAUAUUUGAGUAUCAACAGAUUUCCUAGCUUCAUUGGAUUUGCUCAUGCUGGUAUGACGGCUGAGGGAGAUAAUAGUGUUUUAAUGCAAAAAGCUGAUGUUCGAUCUGGUGCUCUCAAAUUGCCACACAUCCCUGAUGCCGAAAAUGCGCGGAGAUGGGAUAUAAGGAGUUUAGAUAAUCAAUUAAAAUUAUUUAAUCUAAGGGAACAAGCAUUAAUCAAAGAAUUAGGUACCAACAUGGCCGUUAAUACUGCUAAAGGAUCAUCUAUUUUCGAAGUUUGGAUGUUGCGGGAAUCAGAUACAGUCCAGGCAUUAGCUAAAGCACAUGGCCAUAGAAUAGUAUUAGAACAAGUUGUUCUUACACUUCAAAAACUUAAAGGCCGUCUUUAUGCACUUAAUAUAAUUGACACAAAUCUUGCAUGGUAUAUCACCAACAAUCUAAUUUCAGUUGAAACAGCAUCAAAGGUACAACCAUUGAUUCGAGAAUUAGUUGCAGAAUUGGCACCAUUAAGUAUGAAAAUUAUUGAUGCACUGGGAGUUGAUCCACGCGUUUUGUAUGCGCCUAUUGCUAAUCAAUGGGCUAAAUUUAAUGAAGCCGAUAACCGCG